GUGCUGCGUGGAGAGAAGUCCGAGUGCCCCGACAUUUUCGAGGAACGGUCCUGUUUCUAUGUCGUCAGCGAAAGGAAGUACUACACUGUGGAGCUACAAAACAAGUUGCCUUUCGAAAAGGCGGCCAAUGAGUGCAUCAAGCAGGGUGGCCAUCUGGCAGAGCCUAAAUCCAACGAGGCUCAUGCGUUCCUGUCGGGCCUGGCAACGCGAGAGGGGUGCUGGAUCGGCCUUCGCCUCGGCGGCUCCUCUCCUUUCCGCUGGAG